UCCACCUGACUUCCUAAGCAAGUUCAGAGCAACUAAUAUUCUCUCUUGAUUAUCUUCUCCAACACGCAAUUAGCAGACAUAAAAUGGCUGCUGAGACAGCUCCAGUGCUUAUUAAUCAUAUGACUAUUCAACCCAACCCUGCCAUCUCCCUUCCCUCCAUUAACUCACCUUCCAUCAUCAACCCUAAUGAUUCUGUUGUAGCUGUUGGGGCUGAUGAAAUCCCCACCAUUGAUUAUAUCAUGUUAUUCUCUAAUGAUUUUGAUGAACGAUCCAAAGCCCUCGAAAACUUAGGCCAUGUCUGCAAGGACUUCGGCUUUUUCUAUCUUGUAAAUCAUGGCAUCUCCAACGGCGUGUUUGAGGGUGUUUUCAAAGGAAUUUCUGACUUCUUUAACCCGGAGGAGAUAGAGGACCGAAAGCAGUACGAGAAAAAGAGCCCAACGGAUAGAAUUCGAUGGGGCUUGCGAUCUUCUCCUGGAGAGAAUAGGGAAUAUCUGAAGGUCAUUGCACAUCCCCAGUUUCACUGCCCUUCUAAACCAGCUGGUUUCAGUGACGCUUUGGAAGAGUAUUUCAAAGCAUCGCGAGAGAUAGUAAAAGGUUUGGGAAAGGCAGUGUCAAAAGGCUUGGGAUUUGAAGAAUGCUACGUAGAAAAAGCUUUUAAGCUUGAAUCUGGUUUUGAUAUGUCUGCCAUGAACCUAUACCCACCCAAUUUCAGAUCAAAAGGAUCAAUUGGUGUGCCUGAUCAUACUGACCCAGGCUUCUUUGUGUCACUCAUACAAGAUGUGAAUGGUGGUCUGCAAAUACUAUCCAAUAGUGGUCAAUGCAUCAAUGUUAAUAUCCCCCAUAAUGCCAUUUUUAUAAACCUUGGUGACCAUCUUGAGAUCUUAACCAAUGGGAAGUACAAGAGCCAUGUUCAUCGAGUGGUGGUGGACAACAACAAAAUACAGAGGAUCUCGGUGGCAACACUACAUGGACCAUCGUUGGAUGCACUAGUGGGACCAGCACCAGAGUUUGUAGAUGAAUGUCACCCACCAGCAUAUCGUGCAAUGACCUACAAACAAUCCAUAGAAGCUAAUGGCGGUGAUGAGAUUGAUGUCCAGUCAAGCAUCGACCAAAUUCGCCUUUGAAACCAUUAAACAUUUGAGCUGCCCAUAAUUAAACAUAUGUGUCAAUAAAAGUCGAACUAUUGUGUCCGCUCCAUUGACCUAGUUCAAAAUCUCCAUCUCAAUUAUAGUAGUGUAAAAUAUCUUCUUAUCAAACAAAAUAAAGUUGAACAAGUGUUCGGUUCGAACAAGUUUUUAGGAAUAGAAACUUUAGUUUGGUUGUGUAUGGUUCAUCUUUAUGUUAUCUGAAUCCAAAUAAUUGUAUUAGUGAUAAUUGUGAUUGUGCUAUACAAAGGUGCAUGUUUAUCUAAAUUCCAACUUUCCAAGUUUGGC